AUGGUUCUCAAUCUCACCCAGACUACCCACAAAGAGCUUAAACCCUUAACCUUCCCCCACCGGAAGGUUGAAGUCUUACCAGUUGGAAAUCUUGGAUUGUCCAAGAACCUCAUUCACGACACUUGCAAAAGCAUUGCCCAAAAUGAUCCAAACAUCAACUACAAUUUCUGUACAACUUCCCUUCAAGCAGCCCCUGCAAGCCAAUGUGCUGGUCUUCGCGGUCUUGGGAUGAUCUCAAUCCGUUUAAUUCGAUACAAUCUCACUGAUACAAGGUGCAAGAUCAAACACUUGUUGCAGAUCAAGAAACUCGAUCCGUUCGUCCGGGCGUGCUUGGAUGAUUGCUAUGAGCUUUAUGAUGAUGCAAUACCUUCUAUUAAACAGGCAAUGAAACAUUACAAUUCUAAGCAGUUUGUUGAUGCUAAUAUGGCAAUUGGCUCAGUUUUGGAUGCUGCAAGUACUUGUGAAGAUGGGUUUAAGGACAAGAAAGGUGUCGUUUCUCCGUUAACGAAACGGAAUAACGAUACGUUUCAGUUAUCCGCCUUGGCACUUUCUGCUAUGCAAAUUAUACAGACAAGCUUACACUAACG